AUGAAACUCUCAUUGCACAGUCGAGUUUACCUUCCAAUAUGCUUGAUUAUCCUGAGAAGUGCUGCAAAUGCACAAAAUUGUACUGACUGCUUCGUUCAAUCACGCGCAUCAUAUUAUCCAAACUCUGAUGAAAACGGAACAGAUAAAGGAGCUUGUGGGUUUGGCGCGUUUGGAGCUACAGUCAAUGGUGGAGACGUAUCAGCUGCCUCAAAUCUAUACCGCAGUGGGGUAGGUUGCGGUGCUUGCUAUCAGGUGAGAUGCACCAACAGCAAUUACUGCUCAGACACUGGGGUUACGGUGGUUAUAACAGACCAAGGUUCCGGGGAUAACACUGACUUUAUCCUUAGUGAACAUGCUUUCGGCAAGAUGGCUCAAACACCAGAUGCAGCUGCAACUUUGAAAUCUCUUGGUGUUGUGGAUGUAGAGUAUCAACGAGUUGCAUGCAGCUAUCCGGGGAAAAACAUAACAUUCAAGAUUGAAGAGAGCAGCAACAACCCAAGUUAUCUUGCUUUUUCUAUCUAUUAUCAGCAAGGCGAAAAGGACAUCACAGCCGUGCAACUAUGCGAGACGCAAAGUUUUACCUGCAAAUUACUGCAGAGAGAUCAUGGAGCUGUGUGGACAAGUACGCCUCCUCCAAGCGGACCGUUAACUAUAAGAAUGUUGUUCAGUGAUGGCGAUGAAGCAGAUGAUUCAUGGGUUGUUCCAGUCAAUGACAUACCUCAAAACUGGACACCAGGAGCCAUAUAUGACUCUGGUGUACAAGUCAACUAAAUUAGCUUUAUUCUUUCUCUUUAUAUGUUGUAUUUUACAUCAGAUCCAAGCAUAGGCAAUAUAUCAGUAAAUUGUAACAUUUGUCAACUAAUAAAAAUCUAGUUUCAUGGUUCUUACAUAUUUGUGAUAACAAUAAGUUGUUUUCCUUGAUAAGAAUCCCAUCUGUCGACAUCUUAUCAUCUCCCUUGCGCACCAUUAACUUCAGGUUCCUGCGCAAUCAGCCUAAUGUAGCAAUUUAAGGAGUAUCUCUUUUGCCAUAUAUUUUGUAUAAUUUAGCAUUUUGGAUUCCGAUUUGAGACCACUUUAACCUAAAAUUUUGAGGCAUUGCUCCAAAUAAC